UGUCAGCUUCCCCAGUCCCCAUUCCCAGUGCCAGAUUGUAGUUGAACGAAAGUCAUUCUCUCCGGCGUUUUUUUCCCAGUGUUUGUUUUUCCAGUGUUUCUCGACCUUUUGCCUUGUUUCUUGUCUACGAUUUUUGCCUGCCGUUUUUUGUACCUUUGCCUGCAUUUUGUUCUUGGAACAAUAAAGCCUGUUACCUGUGACUACCUCUCCUAGUUGUGCAUUUGAGUCCGCCUUUGUACCGUGUCACAUUAUGCCUAACGUAUAGGAAUCGAGAGUUCUCCCUGUUGUCUAGGUCCAUGCAGCUUUUUUUGGAAGACAGGAUGACAACUCUUUACUAAGUCAAUAUCUCUAUAGCUGAAGGGAUCACAAGAGGCACCUACAGUCAGUACAACCCGUCAGUGAAAACACAACGAUUUGUACAAAACAGUGAUGGACAAGACAGGAUUGGUGAUCGUGUUGCUUCUCGCACUUUUGCCACAUUCACUGGGUGUCUCCAGAAAAUACCAAUACGUGAACCUGUUGAUGACCUGGACUGAUGCUCAGAGUUACUGUAGAGAGAAUUUUGCUGAUCUGGCGACCAUAGAGACUGUAGAUGACUGGGCAAGUGUGAGGAAUUUAAUACCAAGCACUGACAUAGCUGCAUUGAUUGGACUGUAUAACAAUAACUUAAAAGGCUGGAAGUGGUCUGACCAUAGCAAGGCUUCGCUCAGAAUGUGGAGUGCUGGCGAGCCCAAUGGUGGUACGAGGGAACUUUGUGCUGUGAGUUCUGUACAAGGGUGGCACGAUAUUGCUUGUGAUAGAAAAUUUCCAUUCAUCUGUUCAGUUCCCAUCACCAGGCUGUUGAAGGUUGAACUGAAGUCUGAUGGAUCUGUGGACCUGAAUGACCCCUCAGUGCAGGAAACUCUUCUGAACCAAAUGAAGAAACAUAUGGGGGACCAUGGGAUCGAUCAGCUGUUCAGACUGAGAUGGAGGAAGGAACCAAAUGGAAACAUCUUUAGUUUAAAGACAGGUUGAACCAUUACUGUAAAUGCUUUCUGUUUUCCCUCUCAUACAAACAACACAGUCUCUGCUUUACCUAUGGCAACUUUUUAUUUAACAAGUAGAUUUACAGAGAUUAAUAUUAAAAUAAUUUGAAUCAACACCAAUUAUGUAGUUUGUGUGUGUGUGUGUGUGUGUGUUUAAGUUGAGCUCCAAUUACUGUUUGCCCUACUGUUGUUACAUUGAUACAGUAACAAAAUAUAUUGUCAAGUUAUAUUUUAUCCCAACAUUUUAACACUGUUUAAUCUGCAUAUAAUUUUUCAGUAAAUAAUACUAAAAACUGUGUUUUUGCAUUGUCUUACUCUUAAUACAUGUAUGGGGAGGGUGAUGGUCCAUUUUUCUAAUGAAUGGUAGAUCACAGUAUAUUACUAUGACACUAGUUAGGCUGUGGUCCAAGGACCAGGACUGAACUCUGCUUCUGUACACAGACGGGUUUCCCUUAAUAAUUAUCCUUUAAAUAGCUCACGUUACUGUAUUGUGUGAACAUUUAACUUCAUUUGGUUGUUAACAAAGCAGACUUGCUCCCUCCAAUUGAUGUGCUACAUUACUGUGUGUUUUUGGGGUAGGAUUGGGGGACAAUAAUAUCUGUAGAUUUGUAUGACUUUAUGUAUCUGUAUUGUAUACUGUAAAUACUUUGUCUGUAUUUUAAUGUGUCAUCUACCUGCCCAGGGACUACGGGCAGAAAUUAGCAAUUUGCUACAACCUGGCACAAUUAAUGUUUUUU